UCGCGUUUCAACAUUCCCAACCUGGCAGACUGACGUCGUCGAAAGAUAUUUUUUCGAGCUUAUAUAUUUCAGACAGAAAUUUUAAAAUCAGCAAAAUGCGUGAAAUUGUGCAUCUCCAAGCUGGGCAGUGUGGCAAUCAGAUCGGUGCUAAGUUCUGGGAGGUGAUCUCUGAUGAGCAUGGCAUUGAUCCAACCGGCACAUACCAUGGCGACUCCGACUUGCAGUUGGAGAGAAUCAACGUUUACUACAAUGAAGCUACCGGAGGCAAAUAUGUACCCCGAGCUGUACUUAUCGACCUGGAGCCAGGCACCAUGGACUCUGUCCGCUCUGGUCCAUUCGGACAGAUCUUCAGACCAGACAACUUUAUCUUCGGGCAGAGUGGAGCUGGAAACAACUGGGCCAAGGGUCACUACACCGAGGGGGCUGAGCUGGUAGAUUCGGUUUUGGACGUUGUGCGCAAGGAGGCAGAGAGCUGUGAUUGCCUACAGGGGUUUCAAUUGACACACUCCCUUGGUGGUGGCACUGGCUCCGGCAUGGGAACACUUCUCAUCAGCAAGAUCCGUGAGGAGUACCCAGACCGCAUCAUGGCAACUUUCAGCGUUGUACCAUCUCCAAAAGUAUCGGACACUGUCGUUGAGCCCUACAAUGCCACUCUGUCUGUCCACCAGCUCGUAGAAAACACAGAUGAGACAUUCUGCAUCGACAACGAGGCCCUGUAUGACAUCUGUUUCCGCACCUUGAAGUUGACCACCCCAACGUACGGUGAUCUCAACCAUCUUGUGUCCGCUACCAUGAGUGGUGUCACCACUUGUCUGAGGUUCCCUGGCCAACUCAACGCUGAUCUUCGCAAGCUGGCAGUCAACAUGGUACCUUUCCCACGUCUCCACUUCUUCAUACCUGGCUUUGCUCCCCUGACCAGUAGAGGCAGCCAGCAGUACCGUGCCCUGACCGUUCCCGAGCUGACCCAGCAGAUGUUCGAUGCCAAGAAUAUGAUGGCUGCCUGCGAUCCUCGUCACGGCCGCUACCUGACUGUAGCAGCUAUGUUUCGUGGUCGCAUGUCCAUGAAGGAAGUCGAUGAGCAGAUGCUGAACGUGCAGAACAAGAACAGCAGCUACUUCGUGGAAUGGAUCCCCAACAACGUCAAGACCGCUGUCUGCGACAUCCCACCACGAGGUCUUAAAAUGGCUGUCACCUUCAUCGGCAACAGCACUGCCAUCCAGGAGCUGUUCAAGCGCAUCUCUGAGCAGUUCACCGCUAUGUUCAGGCGCAAGGCUUUCUUGCAUUGGUACACCGGUGAGGGUAUGGAUGAGAUGGAGUUCACUGAGGCUGAGAGCAACAUGAACGACUUGGUGUCUGAGUACCAGCAGUACCAGGACGCAACAGCUGAGGAGGAGGGCGAGUUUGAUGAGGAGGAAGAGGGGGAGGGUGAGCCGGAAUAGCUGAAACCAAAGCCAACAAAAAACAUCAACCAGAACGUGGACAAUAUGCGAGACUUUAAAAUGACGAUUAAUGAUAAUAGUAGUGGGGACACAAGCAAUAAUAACAUAAUAACCAUUUCUAACUGCACAACCUCCAAAUAACAAAGCAUUAUUGUUGCCUGUCUUGAGUUGUGUUGCGAGUGUGUACAGCAUUUUCUGUUGUUUUCAAAACCAAAGACCCUAUAAACCUUUAUCAUGAUGCCACCAUUUCAGUCAUGUUCCCUGUAUCCAAUAACAUCACUGAAUGAUAAUGGUUUUUGUGCAAAAAGGAACCAGACCCAGUUUUCCUUCCAGUCUCGCUUUGGUUAUACGUUGAUUUGAAUGGGAAAAAUCAAGAUUGCUGAAAGACGAUAAUGGUCUAUAUAGGGCCUGAUGUACGCUAUUUUUGUGCUUUCAAUUGGUGAUGUAAGCAAAAUAAUGUUAAACAAAAUAAUGAUCCGUUAUCAAUAUCUUAAAUGCUGUUAUUGAUUGUUUCAAAAUGUUAAAAAUUGCUGUGCAAGAACAUUUCACUCUUCUUGACGUAGUCGCCCGUGAAAUAUUUUAUGAUUUAAUCAAUGUUUAGAUUAACUGCAGUUCACCUGUUAUGAUUUCCAGACUACACGUAUAAUCAGCCGUCUUUUUUGGUAUUUCCUCGAGUAAGCUGUAAAAACUGUGUUUAGAGCUUAAACUCUCUAAACAUUUAAUUGAACUCACUUUUGUCUAUGUUUGAAUCUACAUGCUUAUGUUUAGGGAUGUCUGUGACAUGUUUAGGCAUCGCACGAAAUCCGUUUAUUCAGUACCAUCAAGUAGCCUAUAAAUUGUAAAAGUAAAUGACAGGCUAAUUACACACUUCUAUCACACUUUCAUUAUUUGUCUAAGAAAAACGAACAUUAAACCAUAUAGUUAACUUUUUUUCAUAAGAUAUUGUUACUGGCACUAUCAAGCUUUCGUAUUGUGCAAAAUCCUAACAUGUCUCAGACUAAACAUGUGAUAAAAGUGGGUACAAAAGUGUUUAAACUAUAGCACCAUUUGACAGUGUAGUUUAAAAACACAAAAGCGUCGGAAUAUUAUACUGAUCAACGCUAUUAAUAAUGGAAAGAUGUGGUGGAGGGUUAUAAAUAAAUAAAAACAACUCAAAGAUGGCA